AUGUUUAAACGGGUUACCACAUUUGUGGGGCUCCUGGCGUUGAUCCAUCCGAUCGCCGCGCAGCCGAGCCCCUCCGUGGAGUCGAGUGCCGUGGAAACCAAAGCGACCCCGGCCGCUGCCACUGCACCUUCACCUCCAGUAAGAGUUUCACCUCCGCCGGCGCCUCCCGUGGUUCGCGUGGACCCGGGUACUGACACGGCCCGCAGACUGGCCGAAGAGAAGGAAGCUUCAAAGCAGCAGCUGAAUCGCGACUUCUUGGAUGCUUGCCGUCAUUUCAACAAGACCAAGAUUGAAGCAUUGCUGCUCCAAGGGGCUGACAUUGAUGAUGUAACAGCAAGUGGACCGCACUGGAGUGCACUUGCUGAGGCAGCCGUGAACCGCAAAUCCGAGCUAGCCCUGUACCUGUUGAGCAAGAGGGCAAGCCCUGAUGUGGCAGACAAUCGCGGGCGCACUCCUCUCUUCCAUGCUGUGCGCUAUAACCUGGGCACUGUGGUCACGGAGAUGCUCAAGACGGCCAAAAAGCUGGAUUCCUCGGAUGGAGAUGGCAUUGACAUGCUGACGCGGGCGGUGUGGCAGGAACAGACAGACAUGGUAAAGAGCUUGCUAGCUGCCGGCGCGAAAUCGCCAAUGGCAGCCUCAGGGGCAAAAAGCGCCAGCACGGACAUUCGCAGGUUGUUCGGGGUUAGCGACCAACCAGCUGCUGCUGCCCCUCCAUCUCCGCCCCCGGCCACGCCUGUGGCAACACGUGCGGCAACCCCUGCUACAAAUGUGGCAACACCAUUGGCAUCCGCGGCUUCGCCUGCAGCAAUGACUGCAGAAGCGCCCGCAGAAACGCCUGCGGCAACGUCUUUGUACACUGGAGCGUGA